AUGUCUGCAGGAUCACGACGAGACCCGCCCGAUAGGCAUCGCAUUCUCACCAACAUGGGUUUGCCUCCUCGAGAGCCUGUUGCCGAGCCUACAAGCCCAUCUUACUAUCCUACCUUCCCACGCUCGCGUCGAGACAGUAAUACUUCCGGUGCAAGGCAAAGCGAGCGUUCCUUCAACGGCAGGCGUGCUGCUGCCAUUGGCGGCGACAACUCUGACGCCUACAUCGAUGCUCGCUCGAAGCGUUCCAGUCGUCACUACGACUCUGACCCGCGUCAAGGCUCACAUCGCUCAGUUGAUGGCCGUCGCAGAUUCGAGAGUCUGCCCGCUCCACGCUCUCGCACCAACAGUACUCGUCGACCUGCUCUUCCCGAUUUCGAAAACCGGGAUGAUCGCUACGAACUAGACGACCUCGACGAGGAAGAAGACGAUGUCGAAGGAGAUCGACCCUCCAACCUACGUCGCAGCAUGAACCCCUCUCGUCGUCCAGAAGCCGAGGCUCGCUCCAACCGUGGUGCUGCCCCCAGGUCCGAACGAGGUGGGUCUCCCGUAAAUGGCCGACGUCGCCAGGAGAGUGACCCCUACCGCCUGCCUGAACCCUAUGAAGACUUCUCCAACACCCAAUACACCUCGCGUGGGUCUACACGUGCCGUCUCCAACGGCGAUCUCGAAGCCGACUACAGGCGAAAGGCCACUUCUACUCGACCUAGCAAGCUGGAGAGCGGCCCUCGACGCAGGUCCACCACCACUCGACCCAGCAGUAGGCCUAGCAAGCCCAGCUCAUAUAACAGCCGUGAAGCUCGUCGCGAUGAUCUAGACCGAGGCGCUCAGCUCAACCUUGAUCGCUCUGUCGCCAGAUCUCAGUCUUCGAACGGAUGCAGCGGAGGCGGUAUGCUUGGUCGUGUACUCAGUCGCACCUCUGGUAGCAGCCGUGGCCAUGGUGCCAACGGCUCUAGCGGUCCUCGCCUGGAGAGGACUGACUCCCGUCUCAACCGAUACAGCAGCCGUCAGCCUGGCGAUCGACGUGACGAGAGCGAGAUGGAGCUCGCCCGUAUCGAGGAGGAAGAGAUGCUGCUUGCCAUGCAGAAGCGUCGUAGCGCUGCCAAUCUCGCUGCCAAGGGUUUCGACCAGUCUGAUCCUCGCUGGUAUCGGGAUGACCGUGACUUGCGUCAGGCUUCUCAACGUUCGCGAAGCAGCUCUCAUCCCAUCAACCUCGAGCGAAGCGCCAGUGCUGUCAGAAGAAGCAUGGACAGGGAGCGUGCGAGAACACUUGCUACUCUUGAGAGCACCGAUCCCAAAUUCCCCACAGUCUCUCGCACUGACGCCGUUGUUCGCUCUCGAACACAGUCUCAGGUUAAGUCCAAGCCCGAGUCUCAGACUCAGCCCGAGAGACGCGAACGAGCUUUGUCCGGCUCUCGAUCUGGCCCUCCUCCUCAGCAGGCUUCGCGCGAGGCAGCACUUGCUGCCAUCACUGGUGUCUCUACUGGUGACGUUGCUUCGAGCGCUGUCAAGAAGCAAGACAGGAGCAAACAAGCUCAACGUGCCGUUGAACAGGACGAAGAGGAAAACAGCGAGAGUGACAUCUCUUCCAUUGACGAUGCUCUGCUCGAAGAUGCCUCCGAGCCUACUGAUGUGCACGACGAUGAUGCGAUCCCUAUGAUUCUGGCUGGAACUUCGAAGAUUUCGUUGAACGGCAAGUCAAAAGCUGCCUCCACCGCUCCACCUGCUAACGGUACCAGCAAGAAGAUUCCCGAAACCACGAGCGACGAUGAGGAGGACUCGGACGAAGACGGCUCGGAUGAAAGCACCGAACAAACUUCGGAUGGUCUCCACUCAGCCAUCAAGCGGCCCACUCCAGCCAUCUCUGGUGCUGCCGUAUCCAAGACUCCCGCCGCCUCCGAGUCAAAGUCGAAGCUGGUUGCUACCAGCUCCAAUGGUCGUUCUGCUCCCAAGGGCUACAUGAACUUCACCCGCAAGUCUCCCGCUGUUGCAUCGGCCAAGACGCCAGCUCCAGCUCCUGCAAAAUCGAAGGCAAAGCCGCUGCCCGAGUCUGAAGGCUCUGAAAACAGUGAGGAGGACGAUAACGAGGAAGAGGAGGAAGAGCAAGUUACGCCAAAGCGUUUGCGUGCCACCCCUGCUGCAGCCAUCGCUGCUUUGGCUGGUGGUGCCACUGCCACUGCCGGAGCCGGCGCACUCGCCGCCAAGUGCAGCUCUGAGGCCGAAAGGGAGCAGCGACGUGCCGCCAAGCUUCGAGGUGAGCAGGAAGCAAAGGCAGUCGAAGCACAGGCUCGUGCUGAAAAGGCUGAGCGCUCAGCAGAGAGGCGCAGAGCCAAAGAGGAAGCUUCUGCCGCUGCUGCUGCUGCCGCCCUUGCCGCAAAGGAAGCCAAGCGCAGCGAAAAGGUCAAGAAGCAAGAAGCCAGACAGGCUCAGCUCGAACGUAAGCGCGAAGAAGAGUCUCAAGCUCGCGACCGUGCUAUCCGCGAAAAGGAGGAGGCUGAGGAACAGCGCCUGCUUGCCAUUCGCAACAAGGAGCCCGAGCGUGGAAAGAGAGCCGAAGCUCGUAGAGCCAGCCGUCGUCGUCCUCAUGGCGCCACAGGUCCCAAAAUGCGCGAUUCGGGUGUCAAGCCGCUCACGCCCCAACAGCGCCACUAUUUGCUCAAGGCACUUGUCAUGUUGCAGAUGCAGUCCGAAUGGGCAGAGGUUGAGAAGCUUGGUGCUUUGACAGAGUACGGCUACCCCUUCUCCAGCCAGCGUUCUAAGCUGACUCGUGUCAAGACCUUUGAGCGCGGUGAGGAUGGUGGCGAGUACGCUGGUGCCGCUCGCGACCCCUACGCCAACGAUGAGGCGAUGCGCGAGGGUGAAGAUCUGCAAGAACCGCUUUUGCUUCGACACCUCUUCCACGUUCACCUUCACACUUUCCCCGGUCUAGAUCAGGCGCCUGAAAAGUACUGGCAGAAGCGUAUUCAGCCGUUCUUUGACGAGAUGGCUGCUCGCAACUUCUCCUCCUCGGUCGAACGAGGUGAGAUCUCCAAGCGUCGUCUGUACGCUCUCGCUGCUACCCGCUACCUGGGCAGCUUUGUUGCUCGUGGUUUCGGUGUUCGUGGCGAAGGCGAGACGCAUGGACCUGGUCUUGGCGAGCCUGGCACCGAAAAAUGGGGUGUCGGCAAGAAUUGGGGCAAGGGCACUGUCAAGCGUGGCCUUGACAAGCCCGAGCGCAUCGACGCUGACCUCAUGAAACAGAUCGACAACCUUUACGAGGGCGAAGGAGGUCGUGUCUGGCAAGCUGCAGGCAAGGAAUGGGCCAAAGUACGCCGCGAUUGGUGUGCGUUUAAGGAGAGCAUCAUCGAGAGUGAAACUGGUCUCGAAGAAGCUAUCUCGUACCUGGAUGUCAGCAUGAUUCGUAAUUUGCCGCCACACUAUCGCAACUCGGUCGAGUUUGCACGUAUCCACGCUGCUUACAUCUUUCACACGCUGUUCGUAACAGCGCCUAAUGCUGAUGACCUUUUCAAGAUGGUCAGAGGCAUUCACGUGCUGGCUCCAUACUGGGGUGCUAAACAGCUGCUCAAGUACGCCAAUGCCGAGACGAUGAUCUCUGGUAUCUUGUCGUUGCUGCUGGCUCGACCUGGUGGAGCCAAGUCGCUCAUUCAACGCGUUUUCUCAUACGUCAUUGGCAAAGAGGCUUCGUGCAUCCAGAAGGAGUUCGUCGUGCCGAUUCGAAAGGAGAUCGACGAUCCUGAACUCACCAAGAAGGUCGAAGACUACGUUCGUCGUGGUGACCGAGUCGAGUCACGCAAGAUGCAACGCGAGGCGAAGAAGCGUGGUGAGGAUAUUCUUACCACCAUUUUGCUCUCUGCUGAUGGGAAGCUCAGCAAGGAAGCCGAGAACCAUGUUCUUGAACUUCAACGUUGCUUUGCACUCUCUCCUUACCGUGGUGACUUGAACCUCGCCUACCCCGAAACGACACCAGCCGGUGCCGAUCGACCACCGAUGCCAUCUUGGGGCGCACAAGGUGCCGAACAUACCCGCGCUCGCAAGUUUGCCUUGCUCAAGUUGCUCCUCCGCGAGUCCCUCAAGCACCGCGAUCGUGAACAAGCCGUCGAGAUGGCCAGUGGCAGUUUGAUCCCAGCUAUCAUCAAGGACUCGCUCGAAACUGUCUUCUACCCUGCGAUUCGCGAGAUAGCUCGCAGCUCCAACCUUUCAGAACGACUCGGCGAUCUUCAGAACUUCAUCGAUGAUAUGCUCGAGACAAAGAAGAAGGGCGAUGACAGUAUUGAAGCCUGGAUUGCGCUUGCUGCGCGUCACGAGCAGUCGUUGUAUGCACUCUUCCACGAGUGCGCACCUAUCUCAAAGCGACUCUGGGACUGGUGUCAGCUCGGAUUGGACUACAUGGCUCUGUCGACUACUGACCCUGCGAAUCCUGCUGACCGUCGUGCACCGAAUUUGGAGAUCAACUUCGAGGAGCUUCUCCAGGACGCCCGACUGACCGAUUCGGAUGUCAAGAAGAUCAUCGCUGAAGCUGAUCAGCUCGCUCGAUACACGAAAUGGAUGAAGGUGCGAUACGAGCUCGAGGCGAGGAAGAACUAUCUUCUUGCCAAGCCUGAAGCUGCUCAUCCCGGAGGAGUCUCGGAAAAAGAUCUGACGGAUGAGGCUAUGCGCCGCGAUAUCAAGGACAUUGACGCGAUGAUGCGCGAUCUGAUGGAGGACAAUGGCGAGACGAUUGAUAACGGUGCUUGCGCCGAUGGUGUACGUGGUACAGAGAAGUACGAUUUCCCUUGGGCAUUCUAUGACGAAGUCGACCCCCUCAACCAGCAUCUUGCAGGUGAAGAGGAAGCAGGGGAGCUCAAAGUGCCCAAGUUUGCCACUGGCUACCCACCCCCCAGUCUCAAGCACAUCAGGAGAUUGCAGCCACUGUUCUGCGAAUUGCUGGCGAACAAAUUGCCUGAAUGGCAGUCGGAAGAUGUGCUCGGUCAGCUUCAAAACGAUUUUGGUAGAGGCAACCAGCGAGGUGGGAAGAGGUUGAGUUUGAAGCCGAGGAAAACGAGGACGACGUUUAGCGAGUCGGCGAGUAUGGGAGGUGGGUCGACAGGCGCUUAUCCUGCGGAGAACAAGAGCAUCCUUAGUACUGCCACUUCGAAGUUUGGUCGGUUGAGGGUACCUAGUCUCUUUGGGAGGAAGUGA